AGAAAGAUGAGGUUAGAAAGAUCAUCGGUUUUUGCGUAUUCGCUGUAUCGUAUCCGUGACGUAACAGAGCGGAACGUCGUUUCUUCGUUGUAUGCACAUAUUAUGCUGGCAAAGCCGAGCGAAACCGUGUUGGCAGCACUGAUGUCUGUUUGCGGAUGACUGUCAAAACCUACUUUCUCGACGAAGUCCACAGCUUUUCGUGUCGGAACGAAAGAAGACACGAUGAAUUUAUCCAAUUCGUAGAACAAGAAGUGUCGUGGGCCACGGUGUCGCGUGGAAGAGCGUUCCUUUAUUUGAAAAGAGUGAGUGAGUGCAAGCCCCGACCUUUGUUGUUCUCGUUUACUUCGUCUCGAGUCAUCGCUCGAUGGGUGUUGGGCCAUCGUGUCUUCUUCGGCGGAAAGGAAAACGGCACCGAUUCGAACGCGAGGAGAAAAGUUUACAACUUUCGCCCUCGCGUUUAUCGACGCGCGAAUCUCUCUUAACCUCUAUUAUUAUCCUUUGUUAAAUGCGCUUACAGUGGAGUGUUGGAGGUAGUGCAUGAGACUUCUCGUUCUCUCUUCUUCUACUCGCAUCCAUCCUUUUUUACGAGAACCAGCUGAUUGGAACCACUAUUCAAUGGAACUUAUAUAUGCCUGACAGCCAUCCUUUGAACAUCGACGCAUUAUUUCAUCAGGUACUUUACUCUUUCGAUUGCUCAGCGAUCAUGUAUUUCUUCUAUUGCAUUCCUCUAUGCAAAACUUUUUUCAACUUUAAGAUAUUGACAGUCAAUAUCAUCGCAACAAUUUUUGUUCCAUAAAUUUCAAUCAAAAUGCUUGCCCCAUGACCAAAAGUUUAUUAUGUAAAAAGUACAAGAUAACCAUAUCUGCCAAAGCAAGUUGAAUUCUAUACUAUAUGCUGUGAAGUGUAGUUUAUUGCUAUGUUACUAAAUAUCAUAAGUUUAUAUUCUGUUUAUUAUUAUGACCGAUACUGUUGUAAAACUGUGUGAAAAUAUUUAAAUUAAAUAUUGAUAACAUUGUGUAUGGUAGAGGUACAGAGUUCUCCCAAUCAAGAAUUAUUCAUUGAAGAUGAAUAACAGACUUGAAGAGGCAGAGUCAAAAUGGACUUGUGAAUAUUGUACGUAUGAGAAUUGGCCUUCAUCUUUGAAAUGCACAAUGUGUAGAGGUGCCAAGCCUUUAUUGGGUGAAGAUAUUUAUCGCUUACGUAAUACAAGUCCACAAAGGUCAGGAUCGAAUGUUGCUUCUGGCCCUGUAUCUCAUAUAAGUCCAACAGAUCCAUAUAAUCUAACCUCUCAGAACUAUAGUCACAAUGUACCAGCCGGAGGAAUGUGGUCAUGUGGCAUAUGUACGUAUCUCAAUUAUCAAAAUGCCUCGCGCUGUGUUCAAUGCAGUAAUAAGAAACCUGGUGGACAUAACCAAUCAAUACACUCUAUAGCUUCCAAUUUACAUGAGCAUCUAGCACCACUUAGAUUAGGAGAUCCUCCAUCUAAUUUAGGCUCAAAUUCUCAAGUAAAUCCACCGGCAAUAAAUUUGCAUCCUGAAAGGUACUAUAAUGUACAGACUAACGCUCAUCCAGAAAAAUGGUCCUGUCUUGUAUGUACUUAUGAAAAUUGGCCCAAAGCUACAAAAUGUGUUAUGUGUUUUCAUCCAAAAGAAAAAGACAAAAGAGAAAGAUCUGCAACAAAUGUAGGUUUAAUUUUACCAAGUCCUGAGAGAGAUCAUAAUCAACGUGGUUUACCUUCUCCACCUCACGCACCUUAUAUUCAUCAAACGCAACGAGAGGAGAAUUCUGCAAUUGCAAGAAGUACAAAAUGUGUUACUUUUUACAGAAGUUCACACAGAUUUACUGAUAGUAGAAAUGACAGUUUAUCAACACCACAAUCUCCUAAUAAUUGUGAUUAUGAACGUAGAUUGAAACAGUUAAGACGUCAUACCGAUUGGUGCUGGUUAAAUGCAUGUCUUGGUAUUGUUGAAGGUGAUAACGCACCUGUUGAAGCAUAUUUAGCAAGCGGUGGUGAUCCAGCUCGUCAAUUAACGCAUUCUGAAGUACUGCUAUUAAACAGAAGUAGUGCUUUCGAUGUUGGACACACUUUAGUACAUUUGGCAAUCAGAUUUCAACGAGAAGAUAUUUUGGCUACAUUAUUAUCACAAAUCGAAGGUUCUGGUUCUGGUGUAAAAAGAGUACCUAGUUAUGUAGCACCUGAUUUGGCUGCUCAAAUACGUAGGCAUGUAAUGAAUAAUAUUCGUUUACGCAAGGGUUCUUUCUCUUGUUAUUUUGUUACUGAUAUGGCUACAUUUGCACUGCCUGCAGAGGUGGAAGAUUUACCAAGUAUAGUGCAAGAACAAAUGUUAGAGGAAUUAUUGGAUAAAGAAGCUCAACAACAGCUAGAAGGAGGCGGUGGUGAGCCACCUGCAUUAAAUUGGUCCUUAGAAAUUACAGAACGACUAGGCAGCCGUUUGCACGCACUUUGGAAUAGAUCUGCUGGAGAUUGUUUAUUAGACUCUGCUAUGCAAGCCACAUGGGGUGUUUUCGAUAGGGAUAAUGCUUUAAGAAGAGCUCUUGCCGAUUCUUUACAACAAGCAGGACAAUUUUUUUAUCCUCGAUGGAGAGAGUACGAGGCAUCGCAGGCUUCAAGAAUGUUAGAUUUUACUUUAGAAGAAACACAAUGGCAAGAAGAUUGGGAAAGUUUACUAGCAACAGCUGCUCAACCUGGCAGUGCCCUAGAACAAUUACAUGUAUUUGCACUUGCUCAUAUAUUAAGAAGACCUAUUAUUGUUUAUGGCGUUAAAUAUGUUAAAAGUUUUCGUGGGGAGGAUAUAGGUUACGCAAGGUUUGAAGGCGUUUAUCUUCCACUUUUAUGGGAACCUUCAUUUUGUAUUCGUUCUCCUAUAGCAUUGGGCUAUACACGUGGUCAUUUUACUGCUUUGGUUCCUAUAGAACCAUAUGCAUCAUCUAGAAUACCACCGAUUUCUUCUCACGGUGGAGGGAAUGGUCCAUUGCAACAAUUGCAAAUACAAAUGCAAACCACAUUUAUGCCAUUAAUGGACAGAGAGCAUAAAUUAUUACCGAUUCACUUCUUAAGUCCAGACGAAAUUGGACGAGAAGAGUCUAUUUUAAAAGACUGGCUUGACGUUUGUAGGACGGAAGGUGGUAUUCUCGUUGCACAGCAAAAAUUACACAAGAGGCCACUGCUUGUUGCACAAAUGUUAGAAGAAUGGCUCAAUCAUUAUCGCAGACUUGUUCAAACGAAUAAUGCACCAUUUUCAAGACCAGUUGCUUUACAAGAUUAUAGUAGCGAUGGUGAUACAGAAGACGAAUAAUAAAGUCCAGGCACUUGAUCAAUAA